CGGAAACAUGGUGCCCCGCAGAAAGUAUUACAUACAGGGGGGGUGAAAAUACAGUCCACGGACCCCCUCAAAACCAGCAGCAGCAGCGCUCUCACUGCUCUGUAGACCGUCAAUAAGAGGUCUGCUGCUGCACCUGCUGUCUGUGGGUAUGGAGAGAUUCCUUCCAUCCAGCGGUGCAUCGUCUGCGCCUGGCAAAAAACGAUGCGAGGACCCUACAUGCACGGUACCGGACUCCACGGACGAUGAAGAUCGUGGGGGUAGACCAGAGUCGUGCGUAACAUCUUCGAUGACAGAGGCCGAAGUUCGCGGUAGCCUAGAGAAGGUUCGCUCCUACUUGUACGCGAACGGAAAGGAUGGGGAGUACCGCGAGACCCAGUACCUGCUCUCGAAAGUUGUGCAUUCGUUCACUCACGAAACUCAAGUGAAGCGGCGAGCCAAGGAGGGGGGGGAGCUGCAGGCAACUCUGCGCGACAUGUGGAGGUCGUAGAGUGUGCGGUACAAACGACCAGAGCUGUGUUUGGGGUGGCCUAUGUUUGUCUUGAAUGCGUGGCACCGCAUGAGACUACUACACAGGAGUGACUGUACAUUGCGAUCGACGACAGUUUUGAGAAAUGUGUGCGUGGGUUCAAGCGUUCCAACAUAGCAUCUUGGUUAUAGUGUUGUUUAGUAAAAUGGACAUGAAAAUAUGCUCCCUCUCACUUUUUCCAGUCUCCUCUCUCGUCAAACACGUAGUGGAGCCCAAUGCGCGUCUAUCGAGGUAUCCACCGCCUCUGUUGGCCCCGGGGAUGGUGAGUGGUGGUCCCCUGAAUUUUAAGUUAACUUCCCCGCCUUAAUUUAACUUUUUUCGGGAAAAACCAUGUGUUAACUUAAGCGAGGUUCGACAGU